CAGAUGCCAGUCUUUGCGGGUCACCGUGUCAGUAAUCGUCUGCCUGAAGGCUUCGGACUACAAACGCCAGACUACAAACGCCAGAUGCCUGUUGAGAUAUGCCAGAUGCGCCAAAUUCUAUCCGUACUACCGUCAAAGUCAUGCUUUCUAAGCGCGCAUGCGGCACAGUCGAUGACUCCCCCAUGUACACCAUGGCCAUUGACAGUGGUACGUUGAGCGUCCGAUUUCGCACGGAGCAACACCAUGUUAAUAUAUGCGAAACAACUAUACGUCCGAUAAGCUUCUUGAUCUUCCCCGGCCCUGCAUACUUCGAAGCCCACUUGUCUGCAGCUAUCCAGCAUCGACAUCCGCCAGCCGUGUUAGGUCCUGCCAAGCGGAUCAUUGUUCUUCGAAUUAGAUCACCACUGCGCCUGUCAGUGCGUCGAAUCCUGGUCAAAAUCUUCCGGAUAAGCUUGAUCUUCGCUUGUAUCCACCCGAGUCUCCACAGAGUUCAACGGUUAAACCUGACGCAUAUGCAUCCCCGCUGCAUUCCCCGUUCCCGUCCGACCGAGAUCACUCUCCGCUCAGCGAGCUGGCAAUGGCCGCCGACGCUAGAAUUGUCCAAGGAAGGGCGUUAGACAACCACAUUGUCAUACAAUCCAUUAUCGAAUAUUUUGAGAGGACCGGGUACGUCGAACACCGGAAAUAUCAUUUAGCUCAACGCUACGGGAACCCC